AUGGCAGCGACAGGUUGCGAUUGCCGGUUCAAGGACCCUCUCGGAGCCAGACUUUCUCCCGAACAGUACCAGGAGCUCUUCAAACCGUCCGAGUAUUUGAAAUUUAUAGAAGCUGGUUUUUCGUCGCAAAACGCUUUUCCCCGUCAUACGCUUCAGUGCUACCACGAGUUUUUCAAAUCUGUUCCAAACGGAGUUAAAGUGCUGGACUUUGGUACUGGACCCGUCAUGCUAUCUACCAUUUCCGCAGCAACGAAAGCGUCUGAGAUCGUCUUGGCGGACUAUUCCGAAGCGAACCUUGCAUAUCUACGACAGUGGCUUCAGAAUGACCCUCAAGCUUACGAUUGGUCUCCGUAUUUCCGUUACGUCGUCCAGGAGCUAGAAGGGGUAGGCGAUCGGGAAAUGGACGAGAGGGAAAAACAAGUUCGGCAACUCGUAAAAGACGUUGUCCACUGCGACAUUACGCAAGAUCCUCCGAUAGAUAAAGGCUACGAUCAACUCUACGAUGUCGUCGUCUGCUCCCUCGUACUAGAAGGAGCUUCAGACAGUCGAGAAGAAUACCGCGCGAAUGCGGCACGACUUGCAAAGCUGGUCAAACCCGGAGGAGCUCUGUUUUGCUACGGCAUCGAAAACAAGAACGGCUAUUAUGUAUUCGGAAAUCAGCGUUUGCCAAAUAUCCAUUUGUGCCAUGAGUGUUGGCUGGGUGCUUUCAGUAAUGCCGGAUUUUGUGACCCAAAGAUUCGCAUCGCACCGACCUGCGAUCCCAACCGCCAGUACCGAUUCAUUAGUUGCACGCGAAAAACUGUGUGA